UCAAAAGCUCAACAAGAUUUUCCAUCUCAUCUCCACUUUUGUCUUUAUCCUCCGCCCUCUCUUCCCACGCUUCCCAAUCUCUCACUCUCUCUCCUCCCCACCCACAGUUUCGCGAGCCCGCAUUUCAAAUCUAGGGUUUUUAUGUGGCGUGCAGGUGAGCUGCUGUUGAAAUUUGGGCGGAGAGUUUGCGGUGGUUGGGCGGCAGCUGGGGAGAUUUUGCAUUUUCGGUUUGUGCGGCGGUUGCGUCGGUGAAUCUGCUCCAGAUUUGCGAAUUUUGGGGGAAUUUCUUUUCGGAUCUUUGGCGGUGUUCGUUAGAAAAUAAAUGAAUGGAUGGGAGGGAAGGGAUGGCAUUACAAGGCUCGGCUGCGUAUUAUCUGAAUAGAGGAGGGGGUAUUGGUGGCUCCGGCGGUUCUGGUGGCGGCUCUGCGGCGGGGCAGCCUGGUGGUGUUCAUACGCCGCCAGGUUUCAAGAAUUUUGCUAAUCCUGGAAUUCCAGUGCAUCAUUCCAAUGUAGGGAUGAGCGGAGGUUCCGUGGGUGGUUCGCCAUUCCACGUUGAGAAUCCGUCGCCUGGUUUUCCUCAUGGAUUGAACAUGUCUGGCGGAGCAGGAAUCUCAGCUGCAUCUCAAGGUCAAGGGGGUGAGAUUGUGAAGAAGAAGAGGGGUAGGCCUAGGAAAUACGGUCCCGAUGGGGCUAACAUGUCUCUCGGACUGUCCCCGUCGCCGAUGCCGGCCUCCACGCCGUCAUCGUCUGGGAAUGUUGGUACUGGGGAGAAGCGGCGAGGGAGGCCGCCGGGGACUGGUUGGAAGCAGAAGCUUGCGCCUCUAGGUGAAUGGAUGAACAGCUCUGCUGGGCUUGCAUUUACACCUCAUGUCUUGCUCGUAGAAAGCGGAGAGGAUGUUGCGGCAAAAAUAUUAGCCUUUGCACAGCAAAGGCCGAGAGCUCUAUGCAUCUUGUCGGGAAAUGGGUCAGUUUCUGCAUUGACACUCCGCCAGCCUACAUCUUCUGGCAGCAAUAUAACUUAUGAGGGCCGUUUUGAGAUACUAUGCUUAUCGGGAUCUUACUUGCUCGCCGAAGAUGGCGGCCCCCACAAUCGUACUGGCGGUAUAAGCAUAUCUGUGUGCAGUCCCGACGGCCAUAUGCUUGGCGGCGCAAUAGGCGGUAGGCUUAUUGCAGCAAACCCGGUGCAGGUGGUGGCUUGCAGCUUCGUGUACAACGGCCCAAAGGCAAAGAGCAAUGCAGAGUCCGAAACAGCCGACAGAAACUAUCUUCUAGAACAUUCCGGCGACAAGGGGUCGAACCCUAUCGGCGCUCCGGGUCCCGGUCGAAGCCUUGCCUCUGGUUCUGGAACGAGCGUCUGGCCCCUGGGGUCCCGACUGGACGGCAAAAAUCCCCAGGCAGAUAUAGACCUGAUGCGCGGAUAAUCCCGGGUACGUUAUACACACACACAUGGGCAGGCUAUUUUUGUUUAUAUGGGUUGUUGUAAAUGAAGCGUUCCCGUCGUCGUCGUCGUCAUCUUUAAACCAUCGAAUCCCAACUGUCGGAUCGUAUCUCUCUCUCUAUCCCCACCCGAAAUGAACACUUGCUCGGUCCCUCAGUCGCUGUCUGCUAACUAACUAGUAGAUAGUGAAUCAUGCGCUAACAUAUAUAUAUAUAUGUAUGUAUGUAUCCUGCGUCGAAAUUUCAUUUCUUUUCCCUUGUAGCGUCGCAAGCGAUGCUUAAGAGGGUUUUUAUGGUUUUUCGGGGCUGAAAGGAUAUCUAUAUCUAUUAUGUUAUUAUUAUUAUUAUAUAUAUAUAUGGGUAUUGAUCGAUCGGUAAUUUGUUAUUUGUAUUAGGUGGUGGUUGUUGUUAUUGUGUCGGUAUUGUACCGUAGCAGCGGUGAAUUGGAGGUGUAUUUUUCUUAUCGUUUUCUUUUUGUUGUAAAACUGUGUUGUAGCCGGAUGGAUUUUCGACCGCCUUUGUUGUCGUAUUGUUCACUUGACUUGAA